GAAACGCUAAUAGCAAAAGGCAUAACAGCAAAUCAAGUCACCCAUAGCUUCAGCCUGAAAUUGAGGCACAAGGCAUCAAGACAUGGCGAUGAACACAACGUUGGAUGGAGAAACCCUGGAAAUGCUGGGCAGCGCUCUGGUUAGAAUCACCCUCCCCACGGUUUACCUUGUCGUCAUCCUCAUCAGUUUGCCUGGGAAUGGAAUCUCCCUCUGGCUACUUUGCUUCCACACACACCCAAAGACUCCCUUGGUCACCUUCAUGAUCAACUUGACCAUCGCUGACAUCCUGCUUGCCUUUUUCCUCCCAUUCCAGAUUGCAUAUCACUUAAAUGAAAAUAACUGGGCCUUUGGCAAGAGCCUGUGUACAUUUGUAACCACCUUGUUUUAUGUCAAUAUGUACUGUUCCAUUUUGACAAUGACUUGCAUCAGUGUUGAACGCUAUGUUGGGGUGGCACACCCAAUCUGGUACACACGAGGGUGGAAAAGACCACAUGCAGUGACUAUCUGUUUUGGGAUUUGGAUAAUUUUAAUCAUUGUUUUAUUACCCUUGGAAUACAGUGAUUUAACAUUUGACGUCCAGCCACUCAACAUUACAACAUGCUUUGAUGUUCUUAAAAGGGACAUGCUUCCCACCAUGAAUGCAUGGGGUCUGUUCCUCUUCACUCUGUUUGUGUUGCUGUUUCUGAUCCCAUUUACCAUUACCGUCUUAUGCUACACACUAGUAAUACUGAAGCUCUCCCAAACUACUCACAGUGAGCGGAAAAAGCGAGCUACUUAUUUAGCCAUUACUGUGCUCUUAGUCUUUGUCACAUGCUUUGCCCCCAACAACAUAACCCUCUUCAUUCACAUUAUACAGAGACUUCUGUAUGACACAGGGUGCUACACAGCCUACAAGCUGACCCUGUCACUAAGCUGUUUGAACAGUUGUCUCAACCCUUUUAUUUUCUAUUUCGCUUCAACAGACUUCCAAAACCUUUUCCAACGUUUAAUAGGUAGAAGGCAGUCAUAUAGUCAAACGACACAUUAGAGUUUCCGACACUGAGACUGGUCUGGUGGAGACUGAUGGAAUUUGUAAAAUAACUGGAUUUGUCAAGGGACCGCAGCCACUAUUCAAGAAAAUGCAAAAAUAAAUCCCAAAGAUAUUCCUGACAUGUUAAACACCUAUAACUGUGCCAUGAAGACUCAGUAGGAUCUUGCUCUACUUUCAGCCCAUUGAAUUGGUCAGUCCACUGUACUAUAAUUGGCCUCAAGUUCAGUGGAUUAGGGAAAGAAGUAUAAGGAAAGAUUUUUUACUCAUGAUUUAUUGUUCCAUAUCACAGAAUGGAAAGUACCCACGCCACCAACACCAAACCUCUCCCUCAACUAACUUCCUCACUUUCCCCCACCAACCCCUGCUUCACCCUACUAUGUUAAUAGGAUCAAAUAUGGAUCUGGGAUCCAUGAAGAAUAAUCUACUAUUGUCUAAACUCAGAAACACUGAGUCAGUUCUUGAACAAGAGACAUCCUGAUGUGUUCCGAAAGUGAGAAUACUGGCAAAGAAAUGAAAAGAAACAAGCAUUCAUUUAAUUUACUGGUUGGUGUAGGUAUUAGUGUGGCUAGUUUAGUAACUUUGAUUUUGAAUCCUUCCUCACGCUGAACACUGUGACUAUAUCAUCAAAGAGAGCUACGUCAUCAGAGUUCCUGUUCGAAAUACACAUUCUAUAUAUUCUUUAUAAUCAGGGAAAGGAUUACAAAAGCAUCAGGGGAAAUGGCGAGAAAGGAGGAACAUGACAUUGAGACAGAGGAUCAGCUAUGAUCAUUCUGAGUAGGCUCAGAGCGCUGAAUAGCAUUCUCCUGAUCCUAUUCCAUUGUUUCUAUAUUUUCUUUAGAAUUUAGAAGGUUAAGAGAUGACCUGAUUGAAGUCUUCAAGAGGAAUUGUCAGGAAGGGUAGAUGAAAGUAAACCAUUUCCUCUGCUUUGAGAUUCAAGAAGUGAAAGCAAAGUCUAAAAAUUAAGGCCAGACUGUUCAGAAGAAAUGUUAGGAAGUGCUUCUACACACAAAGGUCAGUAAAGAUUUGGAGCUUCGUCCUCCACAAAUGGCAGUGGAUGUUGGAUCAGUAGUUAAUUUUAACUUGGAGAUAAAUAAAUCUUUGUGAAGUAAAGAUAUUAAGUGAUAUGGGUCAAAGCCGGGUUAGGUCACAGAUCAGCCACAAUCACGUUGAAUGGUGGAACAGGCUUGAGGGACUGAAUGCCUGCUUUUGCUCCUAUGUUCCUACAUUCCACUGUUUCAGCAGAUCCCUUUUUCCUGUUCGUGAGGAUGUUAAGGCUCCUACUGCACUCUUUGUGGAAAAGUGGGAAUAUCCUCAAUGUUAUUCCAUCCUUAGUAAAUUCCAUUAAAAGAAAUCAGAUUAACCGGUCUUUCUUCUUAUUGCUGUUUGC